AUGGUGGUGAUUUCGCGAAGAACUUUCAUUCAUUUCAGUUCGUCAUCGCCAUAAACGAGAAUCGCCUCUCCACCAAAAGCUAAGCUUAGAGCUCACAAUGAGAAUUCGCGCGCAGUGAGUGUCUCGUUUCUCCAUGGCUACGCUCUCUCAUUUUCCCUCCUUACUCUCUCUCUCUUCUCGGAAUUUCUCUUUCCUAGACCAACUGCAUACGCUCAAUCAUCACCCCAAGUUUCACUGUUUUGGCCACCAUCACCACCAUCAUCCAAGGAGACAGUCUUACGUCUGUAAUUGUUCAAUCAGGAGUUCCAGGGCUAGUAGAAGGAAGAAGAGUAAUGAGGAGCUCUGCAACGACAUUCGCGAGUUCAUUAGAUCGGUUGGACUUCCGAAGGAUCAUGUACCUUCUACAAAGGAGCUUUCGCAGCACGGAAGGACUGACCUGGCAAAUAUUGUAAGACGAAGGGGUCACAAACUUAUGCGAGAGCUUCUUCUUACUAAUUCAACCACUACGGUUGAAGGUGAUUGUGACUUGGGGAACAUUACUCUGACAGAAGGCCAGGAUGGCGAGGCAAAAGAUGUAGUUGAAGACUCGGUGUUAGAAAACCCCUCUAAUAAUUCAAAUACCAACCAUGUUUUUAGUUUUGAUGACUGCUUUUCGGAUCCUACGGCAACAGCCAAUUCAUCAGCGGAGGAAGAGUUGUCAAAUGAUCUAAUAUGCCAUGAUGAAUACAAUGCAUCAUAUCGGGAAAAUGAUGAGAACAUUGAGAUAGUUGAAGCUGAUAAAUCCAGGAAAACUGAAGUUGCUGCAUCAGAAGAUUGCUUUACUAGUUCAAAUAUUGGUUUAGGUGUUACGUGCAGUGACCACACUGGGGAGCUAAUUGAAUUUUCAAAAAAUUUAUCACUAGAGAAUGCUGAAAAUUCAUUGGAAUGUCAAAGUGAGGUAACAAAUGAUAAGGUCGAUGAAUCUCACUGGUCACUUGAAGUUCCUUCUGGAGAGAAUUAUAUGAUAAAUUCCACAGCUGAUGAAUAUCUUGACAUGCAUGACCAUGAUGAAAGACCUCUACUUUUGACUCCUAGUUCCUCCUUAAAGGAAGAGGCCUUGCAUUAUUCAAAUGAACAGGUCGAGAAAGAAGAUAACUGUGUGGAUGACGUCUCCUUAUCAGCAGAAAUGACUAUCAUAGAUGACCAAUCUAGUGGUUUAAAUAUUGAUAGGGCUCUUGCACGUGGAGAGUCUAGUGGCGAGUUGGUAAAAUAUUCAGAGCAGUUAUCCCUAGCAGAGAAGGUGGCUAGAUUUAUACAAAAUGGAGAUCUGGAUAUAGUAGAUGAUAAUUUUGAUGCCACAUUAAGCGAGAGUGGUGCUGGAGAAGGCAAUGGAUUCGUUACAGCAACAAAUGCAGAAGAAUCUGAAAUAAACUUCCAUGUUGAGGCAUUCUCAGAAGAUACCACCGCAAGUAGGGGUUCUUUGAUGGCAUCAAAUGGGAGUGCAUCUGAAUUUGAUGAUAAUGUGUCUACCACAGCUGUUGGUCAAUUAAUUAGGGAUGAUCAACCGUCAACUGAGGCUUUAAAUGGUCAAAUUGAAAAGGUGUCGGGUGCUGAGAAGGAUUUUUGUCUCUCUAUGGUACAGAUAAAAAUGUCUGAGAAUCAAGUUGAGAUUGAUCGUCUCAAAUUUAUGUUGCAUCAGAAGGAGCUGGAACUGUCUCAGUUGAAGGAACAGAUUGAGAGGGACAAGCUUGCUUUGUCUGUUUCUCAAAGCAAGGCUGAAGCAGAGCUCAGCCAUGCCCAAAAACUCAUUUUAGAAAGAGAUUCGGAGUUAGUUAUUGCUGAGGAGUGUCUUUACGGAUUGGAGGAGGUUCAAAUCCAUUACAGCGGGGAAGGAGAAAUUGUUGAGGUAGCUGGUGGCUUCAAUGGUUGGCACCAUAAGAUUAAGAUGGACCCACAGCCGUCAUCCGAUAAUCUGGAUUCGGUUAAUUCAAAGAAACACAUGCAUUGGUCAACUGUGUUGUGGCUUUAUCCUGGAGUUUAUGAGAUAAAAUUUAUCGUCGAUGGACACUGGAAGAUUGACCCUCACAGAGAGUCUUCGACCAAGGGAGCAAUAACUAACAACAUUCUCCGGGUUGGAAGAUGAUACGAUGAUAAAAAAUGACAUCAAGUAAUUGGCGCCUUAGUUUCGUACCCAAGAACAAACUACCACGAAGUCGUGCACGGUCCAACUGGAAUUAGCUCAGUAUCUCACCGGCACUCACAUGAGGGGGACAUGAACCUUGUUUCUUCUGGAGGAUACAUUUAUAACUGUCGGAUGAAUCGGAUGACUUUCCGUAGGAUUCAGUUUGUUAAUAAAAUCAUGUAUGUGCUUGUAUAUAGCAGCUACACUUUCCAAUACGGUGCAUGAUUUGUUAAGCAAAAUAGGGUGGAAUUCAUGAAUGUUGCCAAUGCCAUCAAUAACAUGGGCAUAGGAACAUACAUCUGCAGCAAUGUUGAUACAACUGCCAGACACCUAGAUUCUCUGAUUCCCAGUUUUAAGCUUAGCUUCCUUUUCUAGUAAUUAAAAGAAGAUUUUUUGGCCUGUACUUCAGAAUUAGAGUCCGAUAUUAAACUAGUUUCAGUUACUUUGUUAGAUACAAUAUCAAUCUGAUUUCACAGAUGGUCGAAGUAGAAGUUAUUGUAAA